AUGGCAUCCUCUCUCUCAGACGCGCCUCUUUCCUUCUGGGAGAAGGCCGACCUCUUCGCAGGCAAUCUGUCCGUGCUUGGGACCGUUCUGUAUAGCGUCAUCACAGGCGUGUUCCGAGGUAAAAGCGGAGCGAAGACCUUUAACCACCAUAUCGCUCACGCCGCAGUUCGCAAGGCCAUCACGCGGUUGUCUGUGCGGCAGCUUCAAUCCCAAAAUGCAACUACCAUCCAAGCGUAUGAAACAUACAUGAAGCAGAAGAAUCUCACCCUAGAGAUUGUGACACUCAAUCACGGCGCCCACGGCCUCUGGGUUGGGAAUAAGAAUGCCAGAAACGUUGUUGUUUAUUACCACGCGAGCCAAAAAGGUGGCGGCUUCGUCCUCCCUGCCGUCCCGGGACACUUCAUUUUCCUUGGUGAGAUCCUCACGGAGCUCAACAAAAACGGCCACGACGUCGCCAUCUUCUUCCUCUCAUUUACCCUCUCCCCACCCGGCGCGUACCCAACGCAACUGCGCCAAUCCGUCGAAGCCCUCCGGUACAUCCUCGCCGAGGGCAAAGGCGGACGAGAUCCAUUGAAUGUCCUCAUCGGUGGGGACUCUGCGGGAGGGAACCUAGCUCUCUCUGUGCUUUUGCACCUCACGCAUCCCCACCCAGAUAUUGACCCAUUGCCACUGAAAGAUGGCGCCGAGCUUGCCGGGGUCUUUGGCUUUGCGCCCUGGGUAUCGUUUGAUCUAAGUGGGAGGUCUAUGGCCACAAAUCAAUACAAGGAUAUCAUUUCGUCGCAGGGCCUGAAGGUCUGGUCGAGGGAGUAUCUAGGGAAGAGGCAGGAGGGUGAUGCGUGGAGUGAGCCAGCGAAGGCGCCCACUGAGUGGUGGGUUGGUGCAAAGGCGAAGAGGGUGUUGAUCCUUGCUGGUGGCGACGAGAUUUUGUUGUCAGCAGUCGAAGAGUUUGUGAAUAGGUUUAAAACCGUCGUUCCGCAGACCACUUAUGUGGUCGGAUAUGAGGAUACCCAUGUAUCUCCUGUUUACAGUGGAACAGGGUUGGGAGGUCCACAGGCUCGUGGGUUAAGGAACUGGCUUGGCGCUAAUCUUUGA